AUGAAAACCAUGUCGAGUGGCUCUGGACAAAAUCAGGAUGAAAUGCCCACUUUUCUCCUUGAAAAUGUCCCAGUUAUUGACGAGGGCUCAUCAGGCACCCCAAGUCCUAUAACUCCAUCACUUAGAGGCAGGAAUAACUUAUAUUCCGCCUCUGGUUUAUCAUACCCAAGUAUGAAUUAUAUGAAAAAACGUCCUUACAGAACAAAUUCUGGUGCUGGAACACCAGUAUACUCCAAUAUUUAUCAGCGAUACCCAAGCUCAAAACUCCUGAACCCUUCUAAAACCCCAAUUGAUCAUACGCCAAAGAAAGAUAGGAGCUUUUCUGGAGGAUCAAAUUUGAACAAACCUCACAUGAGUAACCAUUCUUUUGAACCAAAUAAUUUUCCAUACACUCUGUCAACCCCAAAAUCUAACUUUUCAGAUCAUUCAGGAGCCAUUCCAGUUCAUUCAAAAUAUUCGAUUAACUCUGAUCAUCCUACGCUUCAUUAUUCCACCUCAAACAGUUCACUAAACAGCAAGAAAUUGGAUUUUAAUAAUUCUAAAUUUGGCUCAAAAGAAAACCUUCUAGCCGACCACGAUGAUGAUGGUAAUAUAGUUCAUUAUUCAGUCAGCUCGCAUUCGGGGAGCAGAAAUGGUAUGCUAUUUACCAGAACUCCUUCAAGUGACAAUCUCAAUAAGGCCAGACAACAAAAAAAGAUACAUGAUAGUCCAAGUAAUUUUUCCGAUACCAAUAGAUCAUUGAAGGAAAAACAUCGCAUUUCCACAUUAGGCCUAGGAAUAAAGAUCCCAAAGUCGCCAGAUAGAAGCACCGAUUUUGGCAGCGAUAUUAGCAAUAGUGCCCUUAGGACCCCAGAUUCAAAUAUAUUUGAGAAUUCUCCAAUUAGGAAUGCUGAGGACUUUCCGCUUGUUAAUUUUUCAUCAAGAAGAUCUAACGCCUCGCAUAAAAAUUCUCCUGCCUCCGCCCUUAGAAAAAGCAUUAUCGAGGACCCAAUUGAUAAUUCACCAAUAACCGGUGAAUCUGAUAGUUCAGACGAUAUUUUGGCUGAUGUUGUUCGUGACAUGCCUGUUGCAAAUGAAUUGGAUGACCUCGCUCUCAAUGCUAGUGAUGCCGCUCUCGCUGGCGACAUCUCUAGUAGAGACGUCAGCGGUAAGGAAGACAAUUUUAAAAAAGAUGAGGAGCCGCAUAAAAAAGAAAAACAAGGGGAAAUAGGAAAUAGUGAAGCAAAGAACAGAAAUGGAAGAUCAUUCAGCUUUAAUGAAAAGAUCAUGUCAAUGGCAGAAAUUGAUAUAAGCAGAUUUUCCGACAGUGAAGAUGAAGAAAAUUACUUGAAGAAAUCAGGAAGCAAGAACUUGGAUAAGGAGUUGUAUAAGCUGAAAAAUGGAAAAAUAAGUGGAUUCAAAUCACCGACAACAGAAGAACAGGAAGUCACGGCGAAUAUUGAUGAUAUAUUUGAUAAUGAUAAUAAUUUUUCUUCCCCUUUUGAAAGUGUAACAACUAGCUCAAACAUUCCCCCUACCUUUGCAGGUGAUACCAUAGAAGGACCAGAACUACCAUUGAAAAUGAAUAAUAAGGAACCGGGAAAUAUUGAUAGCAGAAAUGAUCGAAGGCCUAUAUCAUUUAUGCCUUCAAGCGAGGCAGACGCAGCCCUAGAAAGCAAAAUUAAAUCUCUAUUAUUAAUGAAGAAACCAUUUCCAACUGAAAGUAUUGAACAAAAGAAAAUGGAAGUCGAAACAUUGAAUGAUAUUGGAAAUGGUUUGGUGAUACCAGACAGUGAAGAUCCAGAAAAAGAUAGCAAAUUAUUUAACAACAAGGCUGACUUGUAUCUUGAUAGAUUUCCGAAUUUUUCGAUAGCUUCAGACUUGAUUAGCCCGCCCAGAUCUCCUACUAAAGCCUUUAGCAAGCCGGCAAUUAGUGUACCAUUGAACCUACCAAUGAAUUCUAAAUCCAUAGGUACUAAUGCUACCACAGACAACAAUAUAGGCCCUUCCUUUUUCAAUGAGAAAGAUGCUGGGCAGAAAAUAAAUGGAGUGGAAGGCUCACCAAAGAAAGCCUCUUUUCAUACCAGGAAAGAUUCUCAAUCAUUAAUUAAUUGGAAUGUGACAGAUCCUGCAGAGUGGACUAUUUCAAGAGUUGUGUUUUGGCUAAAAUUAUAUGGCUUUAAUAAAUCUUGGGUUGAGACUUUUAUAAAUUAUAACGUCUGCAGAGAAAAAUUUCUCGAGCUAACAAACAAUGACCUGUUCUCUAAAUUUAAUACUUAUUUGAAGUUGAAUAAUGAAUACCUUGAUUUUGGGCCUUCUGAUAAAGGAGAUGAUGAGGGAAGCUCUGCUCGCAAAACUAGUACAGGCUCUUUAGUAAAUGGCAAUUUUGAGACUUCCAAGAAUAGUGAUGACAAAGCUGAUGAAAACCCUGAUACCUUACUGUCGAGCUCUUCAAGAUUUCGCUAUUUAUUGAAGAAGACAAUAGAGGAGUAUCGUGCUUCUCCAAUUGAUGCUUCUGCUAUAUCUCUCCCUGAAGUUGGUAACGGGCCCAUGAAUGCUUUUGGAAUUACUGAUGAUUUAAAGCUUUUAUCAGGAAGUAAGAAGGCACUAGAUAAUAUUGCUCGUCACGGAAGAAGUAAUAGUGAUGAUAUCAACCAUUUAACGAAAAAGAAAAAUAACGAUUUAAGACUUGCUGGGAAUAAGACUAGAGGAUUCAAUGUUGACGCAUCGUCAAUGACUGGAGCCAUAGUCACCACUAAUAUCCAGUCAGGAUCAAGCAGCCAAAGUCUAGUGAACUUCCCCGCUGGAGGAACUGGUAGCUCAUCUGCCACAUCUAACUCGUUUAAUGCAAGUAAUGAAAUCACCAGCGGUGGCGCAUUGGGAAACACAAAGGGUGGCAACAAGCGCUUAAGUUAUAUCAAAAGACCAUUUUCGGUAAUUGAUGCUUCGAAGGCAAAAACAGGAAGUGCCACAGGAUCAAAAGAAUCUCCGCUAUCUCCUUACAGCUCAUUAUUCAAAAGAUACAGCAGGAACCCUGAAGGUGCUCCUACUGGAAUAGUGUUCCCAACCAGUACUGGUGGUAAUGUCUCAUCAAGUAAUGGAGCCUUUAAUGAAUCACAUGGCACUGACGAUAAAUCUGAAGGGCUUGAGAAGAAGAGUGGAUUCUUAAAAAAAAAGCUACGCAAAAAGGAGAAGAUUAAAACAGAAUUUAAACAAUUUUCUGCGGUUAGAAAGAACAGUGAGGGAGCUUCGCCAGUCAGCCCCGUCUCAAGCACUUCUUUUGAGACCAGUAGAAGGCAAAGUAAGGAAAUAGUGGGCCACAUUCAAUUAACUGACAAACAAUUCCCGAAACCUUUAAGGCAUAAAUCUUUGAGUUACGUUUUGGUUACAAGAGAUAAUGAGACCUUCGUUCCAGUAGGCUCCGAGUGUUUGCAAUCGGUAACGGACUUCAAAAAGAAUUUGGCGAAGGCAUUAAGUUUUUCAACAACAAGUAUGCUGAAAUUAUCGUUCCACAUGACAGACUAUGAUUCUGAAUAUGGUGAAGCUUUGGAUGAUUCUACAAUUGACAGCUUGAUAAUGUUUUCUUUUAUAAAUUACGAAGUCAAGUUCUUUGUUCAUUGCGAUUCUUUAUUUCUUUCAGAAUUAACAAAUUCGGGUACAAUAAGUACUAGGAGUACAAAAAGCUCUGAUACUGCCUCAUUUGAAAUUGCCGCAGAUAAUCGAGUGGCAUAUCCUGCCACUCCAAGUUCUUUAAUAAAUGACGGCUCCCACAACACGACUAACAAAAAGGGUGAAGAGGUGGAUUACAUAAACUUUAAGGGAGAUGCAGCAUAUUUGCAAACAUCCCAAUAUGGUGCUAGUUUGCCAGGUUCUAAUUUGUCAAAGACUAAUAGUAACUCUUCUUCUCUUACAGCGGAUAGUAUCACAUCUGUCAAUACGUCUAAGUCAUCUUUCUCAGUUAUCCGACCUGAUGCUAAUAAAAGAGAAAUAAAUUUCGAUAAGAAGCGAGAAUCUCCAUACACGAAAAACAGGGUUGAUUUGAUUCCACAGAGGCCAGCACCAGCGCCACCAGCGUCUAGUUUGCAAAGAUCUGCCUCAGUUUCUAAGAGGAUUUCUAGAUCACCUUUAUUAAGCAAGGACCAUGGGGCAUUUUUAGCCACCCAGGAAGCUUCUUCAGAUAAAAAUUUGAAGCUCGGAAAUGAUGGUGGGGGUUCUGAAUCUUUGAAAAGAUCAUCUACUUUAUUGAGACGCUCGUCAAUAAGGGCCUCAUUAGGUAAUAGAGCCUCUAAACUCAGAAAUAGCCUCAACUCUAGUUCAACUUUUGAGGAGAAUAUAAUUUCAUUCGAAGGUGUUCCUUCAUUGGAAGAAGAAUCAGAAGAGUCGGAUGGGUCGGAUGAUUCGGAUGAUGAUUUCUGGGCCAUGGCUCCUAAGGCUAAAACUGAAAAUAAUAGUGCAGUGAAGAGCGAUAGGAAUUUGGCAGCCAGUGGUUCAGAUAGUAAUGUUGCGAAUAAGAAAUCAAAGAAGGCUGAAGAGUUUGCGGAAAAGAGGCAAGCCACUUGCAAUGAGUCAAAGGAGAAGAAAGCCAGUAUCAUUGAUAAUUUGAAGAAAAAAGAGAAUAAGGACAAAUGGGUUGUUAGACCCUCAACUGAUAUUGUGUAUGAUAACCUUGAACAGUUUUUCCCAAAUACUGACCUUGACAAGCCAAUAAUAUAUGAAGUCGAUACUCCACCUGUUUCUCCGUUGGAUCAUAUAGAGAAACCACCGUUUUCUCCUAUUAAUGAAAGUGGAGAAAAAACUGGCAGUUUGCGGAAAGAGACCGUUGAAUCAGUCCCAAACAUGGGUACUGUAUCUAAUGCUGAUGAAGUUCUAAUGAUGCCAGAUGCUGGUGAUAAUAAAAGAGUUUCGCGAAAUAGUAGAAGAAAGACUAUUCGUGGUAUUGCAAGAGAAUACAGUAUUGCUAGAAAGAGAGAAUCUCAGUUACCGGAAGCAAAGAAAAACAGUGCGUUGUUGAGAAGACAAAGCACAAAAUUAUGGGGUAGGAAGGUUGUUGAAUUAACCUCUAUGGAUAUGAAAUACGAUUAUAUCAGCAAAUUAAAAAACAAUAGAGGGGAGAUGAAAAACUUUGCGUGGAUCAAGGGUGAGCUCAUUGGUAUUGGUACCUAUGGCAAAGUGUUCUUAGCCCUUAAUGUUACCACAGGUGAAAUGAUGGCUGUCAAACAAGUCGAUAUUCCUAGAGCUGGCUCUCCUAAUAAAGAAAUGAAAGAUAUCAUUGAUGCUCUACUUCUUGAAGUGCAAACCAUGAAAGACUUGGAUCAUCCAAAUAUCGUUCAAUACCUUGGGUUUGAGGAAGUUGGCAAUACUUAUUCUUUGUUUUUAGAUUAUGUUGCUGGAGGCUCGGUUGGUUCAUGCUUAAGAAUGUAUGGCAGGUUCGAUGAAGAGUUGAUCAAGUUCUUGACAAAACAGGUUACUGAUGGACUUUCUUAUUUACACUCCAGAGGGAUCUUGCACCGUGAUUUAAAGGCUGAUAAUUUGCUUUUGGAUUUAGAUGGGAUUUGUAAAAUCACAGAUUUUGGUAUUUCAAAACGAAGCGAAAAUAUUUACAAGAAUGAUUCGGAAAUGUCUAUGCAAGGUACCAUUUUCUGGAUGGCCCCAGAAGUUAUUGAUAAUGUGGUCCAGAACAAAAAGCAGGGAUACAGUGCAAAAAUCGAUAUUUGGUCCUUGGGUUGCGUUGUUUUGGAAAUGUUCGCGGGUAGAAGACCUUGGUCGAAUGUUGAGGCUCUCAGUGCCAUGUAUCGAAUUGGUAAAACAAAGUUGGCCCCGCCUAUACCUGAUGAUGUUAGUCCCCAUGUUUCUGUAGAUGGUAAACAAUUUUUGAACCAAUGUUUCGAGAUAGAUCCAAAUAGAAGACCCACUGCUUUGGAACUUUUCCAAAACAGUCCAUUUUGUGAAGUUAUUGAUGAUUUUGAUUUUGAAAAGACAAAAUUAGCUGAAAUGGUGAAAUCAAAUGCUAAACAGGUUAAUAAAAAACCUAGAGAAUUUGGCAGAAGAUGA